ACGGUAUUAUUUCUUGAUCAACUUCUGAUCCCCUUAAUUUUCCAUUAAAAGAAGAAACAGAACCAAACACUUUCGGAUCCACCAUGCAUUUCUUUUCUUCUUUUACCACAAACCCCAAUUCUCCCUCUGUCAUGUGAACUCUCGUUGCGAAUUCUUCUUUUCCCUUUCAAAGGAGGAUUUUGUUCCCAUUAAAGGAAAAAUCGAGCGUGCUUUCAUCAUGUUUAACCCGGAUGGCUCUCAUGCUGAUGAUAAAACAAAAAGGUUACGAAGGCUAUUAAGAAGACGGGAGGCCAGGAAUGAUAUUUUGAAGCAUAAUCGUGCCGUUAGUGCUUCAAGGACAACUGCGAUGAUUUGUGGAAAUACGAAUGUCUUAAUAGAUAAAAAUGAUUAUAUGAUAGAUGAUGAUGUAAGUGAAGAUUGCAGAAUAAUUUUGAUUGCAAAUACUGGUGAUGAUGAUGAUGAAGAUUAUGGAUCUUUUUUAACUACUUAUAAUCCUGGUAUUGAAAAUGACAGUGAUAAGGUGGAUUCAGAUUUCGCUACCUUUUUGGCUACAUAUGAUCCUGGUGUUGAAAUUGACAGUGAUAAGGCGGACUUAGAUUACGCUACCUUUUUGGUUACGUAUGAUCCUGGUGUUGAAAAUGACAGUGAUAAGAUGGAUUCAGAUUACAGUACCUUUUUGGCUACAUAUGAUCCUGGUGUUGAAAUUGACAGUGCUAGUAACCAUAGUGGUGCUUCAAAUAUUGAUGUUGGCAAUAGCAAUGACAAUGAUGAGGUGGAUGCAGGUUACCAAUCACUGUUGCCUACAUAUGAUCCUCCUGGUUAUAUUAGCGAUGAUGUUGGUGUAGAUGAAGAUGAUCACAUAUUGGUCAACCUGGGCAGUGAGUCACUAGGACAAAAUUCAAGUGAUAAGCAAAAUUCACUAUUUUCUGAUCCCGCAUUUGAAAAAAGCAAUGAACUAUUCCUUGAUCCUACAUAUGAUCCUCCUGGUUAUAUUAGUGAUGAUGUUGGUGUAGAUGAAGGUGAUCACAGAUUGGUCAAUCUGGGUAGUGAGUCGCUAGGACAAAUUUCAUGUUUUAAGCAAAAUUCACUAGUUUCUGAUCCGGCAUUUGAAAAAAAUAAUGAACUAAUCCUUAAUUCUGCGACGAUUGUUGAUGGUGAUAAGGAGUAUAUGAGUUGUAAGAAUACCACAAACACACCCACGGUGGAGGAUGGGGGUAAUUGCUCCGAUCCAGAUGUUACUAUUUUGGAACCUUAUCAAGUUUGUGAAGAUACCCCUUUCGUUCCUUCAAAAAGAUAUGAUUCAUCUUAUUUUGAAGAAUUGAAUCCCAAAGACGAAGUGCAAAUAGCUGCUUAUGAUGAUUCUCAAUUUAGGAGAAGACUUUUGGAACAUCUUGAAAGGCCUUAUAACCAACAAGAGUAUGAGUCCCUUCUGCUCGAACUAUGUGAGAAAAAGAAACAGGAACGCCAUUUCGAAACACGGCGGAGGGUGGUUGAAUCAUAUCACACGGAAGGUGUCACUACACCGUAUCAUGUAAUGUACCCUGAUCUAACCAAAGCUAUUGCUGAGGAGUCCAAGAAUAAGCGUAGGAUUUUGUUUCUCUUGCGUGGAUUUUUUUUCUAUAUGAAAAAUGUGUGCCACAUGGGUUCAUUUCAGCCUUGGCUUGACGAGUCUUGUUUGGAGUUAAUGCGAAAACUGUAAAAUUGGAAUCUCUUAUAUCUAGGAUUAGGACUUAGGAGGCAAUCCUUUUUUAAUCUGCACAUGCAACAAUGUUUAUGUACAAUUAAACUAAUCACUGAACUAUAGAUUUAGGAGGCAAUCCUUUCUUAAUCUGCACUUGCAACAAUGUUCAUGUACAAUUAACUAACCAGGAAUGUUUUAAGUACGAUAAUAGUCUUUUAACAACCAA